GUGUUUGUGUGUGAGUGCGAUCUCCUUUACAACAACAACAACAAAAGCUCUUAACAAAUUGAAACAAGUGUAUUUUAAAUAUAGAUUACAAAGUUCACUUAAGCAAAUACGACAUAAGCUAGUUAAUAGAGAUUCAACAACACACACAAUAAUGGAGUCCAUGGAAUACGAGAUGGCUCGCAAUAUGACGCUGCUGUUCUUCCUGGAGCGUUUGCUGGAUAAAGGAGAGCCACGCACCGUUCACGAUUUAUCCUGCCAAUUUGGCAACAAGGAGUUCACCAAGGAAAUGCGACAAAUUGCCGGCGGCAGUCAAUCGGGUCUGAAGAAAUUUCUUGCCCAAUACCCAUCGAUAUUUUUGGUGGACGGUGAUUAUGUGCAGGUGAACGCUUAUCAGCACAGCAGCUCCGACGAUGGCAACGCCGGCGGCAAGCGCGACUACAUCCAAGAGGCUAAAGACUACUUCAAGAACAAGAUGCUGCAGUACGGCGCCGCAGCCGAAGUGCCAGUGCGCAGUCUGCUGGGCCAUCGGUCGCAGGCAUCGCCCCAAGUGCGUCACAUAUCCGGUCAGCAUAUCAAGGAGUUCACAGACUUCCUCUCGAAACACACGGACACGUUCAAGGUCAUGGAUGACUAUGUGAUGCUGGUGGGCAGCGAGAAUAUGACGGAUCUGCCAGCCAGAGAUCGCUUGCAUUUGCCGCAGUCGAAUAUCGAUACGCGGGGCACACAGCAGAUGCUCGACUUUUUCGCGCAGUGCAUUGAGAUGAAGGGCCCGCUGCUAGUAGAUCAGCUGUUCCAUUUGCUGACCUUGAACUUUCCGCAGGACCAAUGGCUGCGCAUGUUCAAGACGCCCGGCGACUUGAGCUCGUUCCUUAAACUAUUCGGCGAUUGCUUUCACAUACAGGCGAAUCUAGUCACGCUGCUGCAGAAGCCCAAGCUGAGUGACUCCCACAUACAGCAGGCACAGGCUCGCUCGCGAGAGCAAUUCAAUUCGGUUAACAACAAUCAGAAUCCUCGCAAGGGCGAGCUGGCUCUGAGUCCUGUGCAGCAGCGUUUGCAUUCGCCGGGAAUGCGCAGCAAUGGCUACAGCAGUCCGAGUAACAACAACAACAACAACAGCAACAACAACAACAACAAUAAUAAUAAUAUAGCAUCGCCUAACUUUAAGCUAAAUGCGCCCGUCUCCAACAUGACGGGCGGCAACGGCUUUGGCCAGAGUCAGAACAAGUCGGAGCCCAAUUCGGGCUUCGAUAGCUAUGUGCCCAUGUCGGAGCUCAAGCUGGAGAAUCUGUGUGAGAACAACUAUCCCAGCUCCAAUGUGUGCUAUGGGCCCAUAGGCGCCGCAACGCAGCAGCAGCAGCAGCAACAGCAGCAGCAGCAAUCAGCACCAACGGAGCGCUUGAAUAGCGUGAAUCAAACCUUGAAGCAGCGCAUCAAUACUCUGGUCAUACGCACCUUGGCCGAGAACCUGGAGAAGGAUAAGCAAUCGUUGGCUAAUCAAAACGCGCACUCGAGUUCCGUGCACGGCAGCAACACCAAAGCAGCGACAGCUGCAGCAACAGCAGCAGCGAAUGCCGCAACUAGUCAAAGUUAUUUUGUGGGCGACACCUGGAAGAUCAAGGUGCUGCAAAACACAACAGUUAUAGCAAAUGUCAAGCACUCAACCUUUGUCACCGACGCGCUGCUAGAUCUGGCCAAAGACGAGGAGCACAACAUAGCCAUCUCGCUGGAUUGCGAAGGCAUCAACCUGGGCAUCAAAGGUGAAAUCACUUUGAUCGAAAUCGGCACAGCACGUGGCGAGGCCUUCCUCUUCGACGUGCAGUCCUGCCCGGCCAUGGUCAGCGACGGUGGCCUGAAGACGCUGCUGGAGCAUGAUCAGGUAAUUAAGGUGAUUCACGACUGUCGCAACGACGCAGUCAAUCUCUACCUGCAGUUUGGCAUUUUGCUGCGCAACGUCUUCGACACGCAAGCAGCGCACGCCGUUCUGCAGUACCAGGAGAAUGGCAAGCAGGUCUAUAAGGCUAAAUACAUAUCAUUGAACUCGCUGUGCGAGCAGUAUAAUGCACCCUGCAAUCCCAUCAAGGAUCAGCUCAAGCAAAUCUAUCGCCGCGAUCAAAAGUUCUGGGCCAAGCGACCGCUGACCCGCGAAAUGAUGCUCUACGCAGCCGGCGAUGUGCUCGUGCUGAUACACGAACAGCUCUUUGGCAAUCUAGCUCAGCAAAUUAAGCCAGAGAACAGGCAGCUAUUCUCUGAACUGUGCACCGAGCAAAUUCUUAUGCAGAUCAAGCCCAACGAAGUCAAGAUUCGCAAGAAGCAGCGAAAGGUCAGCACUGAGGUCUCGGACCUCAAGCAGAAGCUGGCUCAGACCAGCAAAAGUAUUGUAUUAUCCAAUCGAGAGAUACGACUGCUGCGCUACAUGGACUUGACGGAGGAAGAGAAGGAGCGACUCAAGGGCUACUACAAAGUGGCCAAGAAGCUGGAGAAAAUGGAAUCUGCGGGCAAUCCAAACAAAGAUCAAAGUGACUCGGAGGAUGAGGCGGAGGCAAAUGAGAAUGACUUCUUUCCAAGUUUGGAUUCGGUUCCAUCGGACAAUUCGCUCUCGGGCACCUUCUCGCCGCGCUUCAGCUCGGAGCCGCCCAGUUUGACUGAAUCGAUGCAAAUGCUAGAGGAAAUAUUGCAAAACAAAUCAAUGGAUCGAAUAGCGCGUAUUGAUAAACUCGAGGCCAUAUUGACAACUGCAACCACAUUGCCAUGCGAUCAAAUAAUCACUUCCAACGCAAUGCAAGAACAAUUGGGGUCCAGUAUUGCUACAACUGAGAAUCUGCAAAUUAUUCGCGAGAAAUCGAGAAACAUGAAGAACUGCAACUGCCAUGGAGAACGUAGCAUUACGCCCAUUUUAAGAUCGGGAAAUGAGAAGCGCGUCGUUAAGCUGGUGGAUGCCGAGUCGCAGACAUUGAGCACCGGCGAUGUUGUCAUUACCAAAAUCUUCUUUCAAGACGAACACGAGCGUGCCAAGGAGACGGUGUUGGCCAACAGCAAUGCGAACACCAAUUCGCCGAAACGUUUGACCUCAACUUGAAUUUGAGCUUUUCGACACAUAUGAUUCCUAGUUAUAUGAAAUACAUGUAUUAUUUUGACGAUGGUGAUGAUGGUUAUGAGACUCCCCAGUUGCAUUGUAAAAGACGGAGAGAUCAACUCUUUUUAAAAAUAUGCAAUAAUUUUCCCUAACUAAUUGAAAGCAAUAUAAUUUGUGCCUAAAUGUUGAACAUUGUAUUAACAAUACUUGCUAUAUAGUAUAUUAUUUACUCCUAUUUCAACUGUGUUAACAUACAUAUAACUAUAUAUAUAUGCACAUAUAUAUAUACAUAGACAUAUAUAUAUCUAUUGAUUUGCUCACUAAUUAAUGGAGAAACGAAACAUUUCAUUGUUACACCGAAUCACACUUCUCAUCGUCAGAUGAUUUAGAAUUUGUGUUGCAUUCUGAUUGUUUGGCAAGUUUUUGUUAUUCAGUUACUAUACUAUACUAAAGCGAACCUAGCGAACCAAUCAAUAGCAAAUCAAAAUUUUCGUAUCUAGGUUCGCUUUUUAUUUGCUUGAGGCAAUCCUUACAUAAGAAACGUUGGACCAAUAUCUGUGUGUAAAGUCGAGAAGCCUUUAACUUUUUACAAGCUGUAACAGUUUUACAAAUCCUUGUCGCCAUAUCGAAACUGAGAACUUUGUAUUUCUUGACCAGAAACACGUUAAUCCAACAUAAUUUUAGUCGAACUCCAACAGCAUAAUCAAAACUUCUUAACCUAUUAACAACAAGCGUAGUCAAUGUAAGAAUGAUAUUAAACUGUAAAGAGAACAUAUUGAAAUUGUACGAUUAUAUAAACAAGCAUAUGCCUAAUUAAAUAAAUUUG